GCGGCAGCGCGGGCUUUGGAAGACUGCAGAGUGUGAGCGGCGGCCGGCGGCUCCUGCGGAAGAGCGGGGCUUGAGACCGUCCUGGACGCCACCGCUCGGACCCAGCGCUGCCUGCCGAGGUCUCGCGCCCCAUAGGCCAGGUGAUCACUCUGUGUUGCCAUGGGAAUUCAAGGCCUGGCCAAACUAAUUGCUGAUGUGGCUCCCAGUGCCAUCCGGGAGAAUGACAUCAAGAGCUACUUUGGUCGCAAAGUGGCCAUUGAUGCCUCCAUGAGCAUCUAUCAGUUCCUGAUCGCUGUUCGUCAGGGUGGGGAUGUGCUCCAGAACGAGGAGGGGGAGACCACGAGCCACCUGAUGGGCAUGUUCUACCGCACCAUCCGCAUGAUGGAGAAUGGCAUCAAGCCCGUGUAUAUCUUUGACGGCAAACCACCGCAGCUCAAGUCAGGUGAGCUGGCCAAGCGCAGCGAGCGGCGGGCGGAGGCUGAGAAGCAGCUGCAGGAGGCUCAGGCGGCUGGGGCCGAGGAAGAGGUAGAAAAAUUCACCAAACGGCUAGUGAAGGUCACCAAGCAGCACAACGACGAAUGCAAGCACCUGCUGAGCCUCAUGGGAAUCCCAUACCUGGAUGCCCCCAGCGAGGCCGAGGCCAGCUGUGCUGCCCUGGUGAAAGCUGGCAAGGUCUACGCCGCGGCCACCGAAGACAUGGACUGCCUCACCUUCGGCAGCCCAGUGCUGAUGCGACACCUGACAGCCAGUGAGGCCAAGAAGCUGCCCAUCCAGGAGUUCCACCUGAGCCGGAUUCUGCAGGAGCUGGGUCUGAACCAGGAGCAGUUUGUGGAUCUUUGUAUCCUGCUGGGCAGCGACUACUGCGAGAGCAUCCGGGGCAUCGGGCCCAAGCGGGCCGUCGACCUCAUCCAGAAGCACAAGAGCAUCGAGGAGAUUGUGCGGCGGCUUGACCCCAACAAAUACCCGGUGCCAGAAAACUGGCUCCACAAGGAGGCCCAGCAGCUCUUCCUGGAGCCCGAGGUCCUGGACGCAGAGUCCGUGGAGCUCAAGUGGAGUGAGCCAAACGAAGAAGAGCUGGUCAAGUUCAUGUGUGGUGAAAAGCAGUUCUCUGAGGAUCGAAUCCGCAGCGGGGUCAAGCGGCUGAGCAAGAGCCGCCAAGGCAGCACCCAGGGCCGCCUGGAUGAUUUCUUCAAGGUCACCGGCUCGCUCUCCUCCGCCAAGCGCAAGCCACCGGAACCCAAGGGCUCUGCUAAGAAGAAGGCCAAGGCCGGAGCCGCGGGGAAGUUCAAAAGGGGAAAGUAAAUGUUUCCCUAUGUGGUCCUUCCUUAACUCCAGAAUGCCUGCCUUAGACCCCCAAGAGCUAGAGCUAGCACCUUCCAAGGGGCGGGGUGGGGAUCCCAUUGCUUUUUCAGUGCUGCCCUUCUCAGUUGUGUUUCUCUCCCUUUACACUUGAAUUAAUGGCAGGAAGGCCACAAGAGUGCUUUGUGUUUUUAUUUUUUGGGUUUAGCUCAGGAAAGUGUGUUGGGCUCAAGUCACUUCUCAGGCAGCUUAGUGGACACUGGACCCAUUAUUAGGUGAGAAGUUUUCAAGAAGGAGCUAAAUGGUAGGCAUGAAUAGACAGAGAGGACUUCCUGGUUGGCCAGCUUGUGGCUAAUGGGAAGUGACUGCGAACGAGGCUGCUUCUUCCUCACCCUGCAAAGAGCCCGCAGGAAGGUCUCUGCUUAGCCUGUGGGAAAAGACAAGCAGAGCACAGUAGUCUCAAUCAUGGGCAAUAAAGGUUGGCUUACUGUGAGGCAGAAAUUUGAACUUGCUGUUCAGAGGAGUAAAAUGUUCUGUGGCCUUUUGAGGCAUCUACUGAGUUGAAACCUUGGGAUAAGACAUUGGUUUGUGUGUGUUGUUUUUAUUUUGAAGCUAUGAAGAAAAAGAAUGAAUAAAAUUGUAUUA